CUUCACCUGGGGGAGGAGGGUAAUAAGAGCAGAAGACCUCACACCUGUCUUCGGCCCGGUGGCACAGAUAUACCACCGUUCAGCUGGACAUGCCAAAUGUCACUGUGAAGCGCUGUACGACGCUUAACCCCGCCACACUACUUCCGACCGCUGAGGAUGGAGAACCUCAUUGUCGUGAGGCCGCGUUGGAGCAGACAUGUUCCCCUCGCCCUGACAUCUCUGAUGUGCCCUUGUCAAACCCUGACUUUGUUUUCUUCACAGAUGGUUCUUCUUUUAAGGACGUGUCUGGCACGAACAGGGUUGGUUUUGCGGUGUGCACGUCCGUCGACACGGUCUCCUCAGGCCCCUUGCCCUCACAUUAUUCAGCACAGGCGGCUGAGCUCGUCGCUUUGACGGAGGCCUGUAAGUUGGCUGAGGGCCAGUCUGUCACUAUCUUUACUGAUUCCAGGUAUGCCUUUAGUGUGGUGCAUGACUUUGGGGCCCUGUGGAAGCACCGUAAAUUCUUGAAGUCUGACGGUAAGCCGAUUCUGAAUGCAUCUCUUGUGGCACAUCUGUUGGAUGCUGUUCUUCUCCCUUCUGCUAUUGCAGUUGUGAAGUGUCAGGCGCACCAGAAGGAUGACGCUGACGUCACACAGGGGAACUCCCGAGCAGACGCAGCUGCCAGGGCUGCUGCGUCCUUGGAGGCCGCCUCCUCCUUCUUGUCUCAGCAGUCAGAGGGGGCCCCUCCCGCGUCGCUGUCUGACACACAGUCCUUCGAAACUCCUGAUGAAAGGCGUGUUUGGGCCUCGUGUGGUUGUGCGCUGGAUUCUUCUUCUGUGUGGCCAGGUCACGAACAACCACAUCUCCCGUUUGAUCACCAUAUGAUGGACUUUGUGGAGCUGUUUCCAGCUGAGGGUAAAAAGUAUCUGAUCCUUCACCACCGCAUCACAUUCCUGUCGCGCCCUGGUCUGUCAGAGGACAGCCAUCGUCAGAAGAGCCUCGGAGACGUCACGGCCAUAUGGUGUGGACGUGUGGGCAACACUCUUAUCUGUAUCUCCCAGCACAAUGGGCAGGGCCGAAGAGGCGUUCACCAAACACUCCGGCUUGGACCGCCCUUCCCCCUGGGAGACAGCACAGGAGAGACUGCUUUGCCAGACCAUGAUGGACGGCUUCUGAAGGACAUUGGGACUGUCAUACGCUCCCACUAUGUGGGCAUGGCGCACAACUGUCGUCUGGAAGAGCUGGUGCGACACGCACAACAUGCCCAAGAUGUUGUCAGGCAGAGACAGAAAGACAAAGAUGACAAACAAUCUAAAUCUCUCUCCUCUGCUUUGACUCUGCUUGCCAUGCCGCGUAACGACAGAGAACGGCGUGGAUGGGGGAAGGAACCGGGAAACAGCCGUGGCCCGCCUGCUGCCGGAAGAAGGGUUGGUCCACCGUCACGUGAGGGGGCGUGUCACUUCUGUGGCCAACAAGGACAUUGGAAGCGGGACUGCCCACAGAGGAAGAGGAGACAGCCACGAGGAGGGAACAGGGGCGGGGACUGA